CUGCAGCAACUCGUGAAGCAGCCUCGAAGUGCAUGGUCGCUGUCUGUACAGCCCACACAACUGGCUCUGCAGCACUUAGGCCUUGCAGCCGGUGUUUCCCAAGUGGCUGCAAACAGCCCUGUUGAGGACAGAGCGCUCAUCGCCAAUGUCAGCGCUGUCGCUGCUGGUGCCACGGGAGCCGCAACACCCGCUGGUUUCGCUGCUACACAGAAUCAGCAGGAGCUCCUCGCGCAGCGGAUUUUUCCAGAGGCCGCAGCCACUGGGGCUGCUGCUGCCGCAGGCACCUCCUCUGACACACCCCCACCAGGUGCUGCCGUCGUGCAAUCCGUUCAGCUGGCAAUUCGCUCGAAGGAGGGAAACCUGCAACGGCCUUGCUGCCUCGUUGCCAUCGUGGACGGCCAUGGCGGUCCUGAAGUCGCUGAAUACGUUCACGCGGAACUCCCACGCUUUGUGGCUGCUGAACUGGCAGCAACAGGCGAUCCCGGCGAUUUGGAAAUGAUGGAAAAAGCACUUAGUCGCGCCUUUUGCCGCCUGGUUGGAGCCUGCUGCAUUGCCUUGCUUUUUACAGAAAAGGGAGUGGUUGUCGCCAACAGCGGCGAUUGCAUGGCUGUCCUGCAGCGCAAAGGCAGAAGCAGUAGGAAGAACGAGGAGGGGCCAGAAGUGGUUGAGCUCAAUGUGCAGCACAAUGCAAACUCGCCAGAGGAGAGGCGGCGUCUGCAGCAACUGCACCCCCUUGAGGAUGACGUCGUGAUUUGCAAGAGAGAAUGGCAGGAGCCGCGGAAGCCCCAAAACAAGUUUCAUUUCUUACUGAACAGCCUUGGCCUCCUCGGGAGCGAGACGCAGCGCAGCGCUUGCUACGUGAAGGGCCGUCUGCAGCCAACUCGCGUCUUCGGGGACUUUUCCUUGAAGGAUGAGAAGUACUGGCAGGAGCUGCAGAGAGGCAGGCGUCGACGUUCCCCCGGCAGCAGCAGCACUGCCACCAACGCUGCAGCACCGACAAGAACGAGCUCCGAGAAAGCGCCUCAGGAAGUCUUUUCCUUUCCGUAUGUUGUUGUAGAACCCCAAACGAAAAGUUUUCCAAGACUAGGCAACGAAGAGUUUGUAGUCGUUGGCACGGAUGGCGUUUGGGACUUUUUGACGCCUCGUGAAGCAGCCGCUAUUGUCCGGAGUUCCCUAGAAGCCAGCGGCAGCCUGAUGAACGGCAUGGGCUCAUCGGAAGCGGCUCAGCAGGCGGCUGACGCAGUGGUGCACGAAGUGCUACGGCGCGCUGCAGAAGAAGCGGGCACUUCCGUCGAGGCAAUCCUCUCUGCUCCGCCCAAGCAGAGAAGACGACUCUAUGACGAUACCACAGCGGCCAUUAUUCUGAUGAACACGACAGCCCUCGAAAAGGCUCCGCAGCAAGAAAUUUUAGCCCGGCUCUAG